CCCCCCGCACCCGACCGAGCGGACGAACUACCCAGUAGACGAACCCCUUCCCUGCUGCCGCCGCCGUCCAAGAGGCCGCCCCCAGGGUCCCAGGAGGGCAUCAACGCCGCCGCUCGUCCGGCGACCCCACGCCGCCACUCGCCCGCGUUCGCCCGUUCGUCUCCAGGAGGGUGCGCCGCUUCCCGUCCAGGAGGGUCACCGCCCGCCCCUCUGUCCUUCCGUUCCGCUGCCUCCGCACGUUAUCCAACUUUGCAGCCUCCCAUCGAUGGAUGCACUCAUGGCUAACUAUGGAUCCGACUCUGACGAUGACAAUGAGCCGGCGGCGGUUGUCGGUGGUGCUCCGGAGCCACAGGAAGCUUCCGUGCUGCUUCCUCCUCCUCCCCUCGACCUUCUCCAGCCCCCAAAUUUCGUAGAUUACUCGACAAUUGCACAGGGGAGUCGCAUCCGGAGUUUCCCCCAUGUGGAAGGCAACUACGCGCUGCAUGUCUACAUCCCUGUUGUCAUUCCUUUCAACGCAAGAAAACAGCUGACCCUCGUUAUGAGAAGAGCUGCGUCACUUGUGCCAGAUCUCUAUGCUGUAGAUGCAGAUUAUGCACUUUCGGAUUUGUGCAAAGAUGAGCAAAAACUUGAGAAAGUGCUUCUGGGCAGGGAGUUCCAUGUAAGCUUAGGAAGAACUGUUGGAAUUCAGGUGCAUCAAAUUGACUCCCUCGUUGCAAUGCUUCGUCAGAAGUUUCAAUCACAACAGCGGUAUUGGAUGGACUUCAACAAAUGGGAGCAUUUUGUCAAUGAUGAUUCUACACGAUCAUUUCUUUCACUAGAGGUUACAAGAACUGGGUUACCAGAGAUAAGUAAACAAAUACAUAUGGUUGAUGAAGUAUAUCGAUUGCACGGUCUCCCUGAGUUUUACAAGAAUCCUCGGCCACACAUAUCACUGGCGUGGGCAUUGGGUGAUGUUAGCUCCAAAUUGAAGCAAGCAACUAAGGAGAUUGAAAAAUUUGAGAACAGCAUCAACUCAUCUAAAAACUGUAAUCUGAGAUGCAAUUUCAGUCGUAUAGUGUGUAAAGUAGGCAAGAAGGUCUACGAUAUCUGUAAAAUUGGAGACUGAAGCAGCGUUCUUGUACACCUGACUUGCGGUAUUACGGAGUUUUGUAGAGUCAAUACCUUCGGUUGUAACAAGGAAAUAAAAAUGUCAUGUGUUCCGGUA